CGUAUUGACAUUGGUGACAAAAUAACGAAAAAGCCCCACAAAUGAGAUGCCAGUGGUAGUUCGUCAGGUCUUCAAUUUGAUAAACAGUGAAACCGGCUUUGGAUGCAUUUCAAUGUCCGCAUCUCGAACAUUUGACAAUUGCCUUACUUUUAGAGGGUUACGUUUUUGAGCAAGAGCUUUACAAGCAAAUGCUCUUCUUCACUCCACGAAUUAGCACCAUUGUCCUCCUAAUUCUCCCCAUUUUAUUGGGCAUAGGGCGUGCUGCCGCUCAGUCAUUGCUGGAUCCCAUCGACUCUAACAUUCAAUACUAUGGUCGCUGGAAUCAGUCUGAUAAAACUAUGAUAAGCUGGUGGCCCGGGGCAUAUGCCAAGUUCAACUUUACCGGUACCACACUUGCUAUCAAACUUCGAUCGACAGUGGAUUUAUACUACAAGAUCGACGAUGGGGAGUAUGUGCAGCUGCCAGAGGCAAGCGAGACCGUACAACUAGCGAAACACCUUGAACCAGGCCUUCACUCGGCUUUGAUAGCUUCCAAGACCGAGAAAGACAGUAUCCAACUGCAAAAGAUCAUAGUCGACAGCGAUGCCAACAUCAAGCCUCCUGGACCUGCUGGUAAUAUUGUAGAGUUUGUCGGUGACUCCAUCACGGCUGGCCUGACCACCAGCCGCGGCGCAUUGACCAGCUAUGCUUGGUUGGUGGCUGAAUCUCUGGCCAUGGAGCAUACUCAGAUCGCCUACCCAGCUGUGUGUCUUGUCGAUGGCUGCAGCGACGCAGCGCCAGGCAUGGAGUCACAGUAUUUUAAAUGGAAAGGAUGGUAUGACGACGAAAACUGGGAUUUCACGCGCUACACGCCAUCUGCUAUUGUCAUCAUGCUUGGGAGCAAUGAUGAAAAAGUUGUGAAACAAGAAUCUAGCCGCUUUGAAAAAACCUAUAGUAAAUUUCUGAAGCGAAUACGCAAUGAAUUUCAAAAAGCCCAUAUCUUUAUCGUCAGCGAGCCUCUAGGUGCUUUGUUCGCUCCCACUCAGGCUGCAGUUCGAUCUUUGACCUUAGCUGGUGACAAGAAAAUGUAUUUUGUGGAUUCCACCCCUUGGGUUCAGUAUGGUAAAGCAUUCAACGAUGAGGCUCACCCAAGUGACUAUGGGCAUGAAUUGAUAGCCAAAAAAUUAUUUCCAUAUCUUCAAGCUAAGCUGGCUGUUCCUACCCAACCACUGCCGGGACCACCCCCCAAUCCAAAUCUUCCAGGCAUAUGGCAAACAAUGGAUAUUGGUGGAGAGGAGUUAAUCGGAUUGCCUGGUUCGGUUUCCUUCGACUCAGCAGAUACGUUUACAUUAUGGGGUUCGGGCAAAGACAUCGGAUCCAGACAAGAUGCCUUUCGGUUUGUGUACCAACAGGCGACAACGAAUACGGUUGUCACCGUGAAGGUGGAAUCUCAUUCAGCAUUUGCCAGCUGUGCCAAAGCUGGCAUCAUGAUUCGCGAACACUUGGCUUCUUCGUCUCCUAAUGUGAUUUUAGGCAUGUCCCCGGCUGACGGGGUUAUUUUCCAGUCUCGACCCAUGCGUAACAUGGAAACCAAGCUGGCUGGCAGGGCACGCGCAAGCUCGCCAUGUCAUCUAAAACUUGAGCGCAAAGGACGGGAUUUCUUUGGUUCAUGGUCAAGCGAUGGGAAGUCUUGGGAACCGGUGGCCGAGCUACGUGGAUUGAACAUGGCGAAGGACUAUUAUGUCGGUUUGGCGGUCACCAGCUGUGAUCCCUCCGUCGUCAGCGUUGCCAAGUUCACGGAAGUCCAAAUCAACGGCAAAGUCAGUCAACUUGAAACCCCUCAUUUGAUUCUUCAACCCAACACUUUAUAAUUAUUGUAACAUCUUUCACAUCCUAACGCGUACUAUACCACAGCAUUUACUUCCAUCCCUAUUUUCUUUCUUAUUUCGAUCCCAUACGCACACUUUGCAUAAGCACCCAAUCACGGUUUCUAAAAUUUUACUUUUACUGAGAGCAGCCUAGGAAUUAUAAUGUUUGUUGAAGAGGAACUGUUAUUGCUUAGAUAGUGCAAGGAAGGGGGGGUGGUCUUAUGCUGGCAAGGUUGAAGUACUGCAGAUAGCGGUACAUCCACAAGUGCGUCCAAGUGACGACCGCCUUUUCACACAAGCUGUACGUCUAACGAACGGACCCAUUGUGAGAUUUAAAGCAUGUUUAUGGACAAGAGGGUAAAGCAAAGCAAACAAAUGAGGUAGCGGCCAGCCCAGCGCUUGGCAAAAGUUCAGGCUGUGAUUGAAAGUGACAGUCCCAGUCAGACCCACU